AUGAUAUCUUGUGGAAAAUGGAGACUGAUCAAGGAGCUUAGUUGCACUCCUACCUCAAAGCUUUACUUUGCAGAGAAGGAGAAUACUCUCGAAAAAGCAAUGGUUAAGAUCAUUGAUUAUCAGGAUAUUGGCCAAUCAAAAGAAGAAGAAAUUAAGGAAAUUGCAAACCUAAGUCACCCUAGGUUAUCAAGCAUUAUUGAAUAUGGGUUAGAUACAUUAAUCACGAAUGAGUGAGAGUCAACAGAAGUUUAUCUCUCAAUAGCAUCAGAUGUUGUCUCUGGCAAAAAAUUAAUUGAUUUAAUCUCUUUAACUGGUCCAUUUUCUGAGGAAAUGGCACGAUACUAUUUCUAUCAACUCUGUGAUGCAAUUGGACACCUUAGUCAAAACGGAACCAAACAAUAUGAUCUAAGUUAUAAUAACCUAUUUCUUGAUGAAGAGUACAAUCUUAUAGUAGGAGAUCCUACCGGAAAGGUUUUUGAGGAAUAUUUAUGGGAUAUAAGACACAUUGGCGUAACACAAGCACCAGAAGUUUAUGGAAGUAUGAGCUACUCUGAAACUAGUGACAAUAAAAAGAUCUCUUUAGAUAGUUGUCAUCUUUUCUCAGCUGGAGUGUUACUUUUUACAAUGGUUACAGGCAAGUAUCCUUUUAAAAAUCCUGAUAAGAAUGAUAGUUACUAUAAAUAUCUGAUAUUGCUAAAGCCCGAAUUAUUUUGGAGAAAGCAUCUAAAAGAGCACUCACAGGGUUUGCAGGCUUUGAGUUUAGAAAUAAAAGAAUUUAUUAAUCUUUUGCUGAGCUUUAACCCACUCGAGAGACCAUCUCUUGAUGAACUCAAAGAGUUAGAAUGGUACACAGGCCAAGUCCCAACUCAUGAUGAGAUUAUACAAGAAAUAGAUAAAAGAAUAAGCAUUGUAAACCCUGUUAUUGAUCAAAUUGGAAAAGAUACUCCUGAUAUAGAAGACGUGUCUGACAUUAUUCUAAGCUUUUUAUCGAGAAUUGAAUUAUAUGAAUAUGAAGAGAAUCUUGAUAAAGUUAGGACUUGCGAAUGUUAUAUUCCAGAGCUAAAGAAGUUUACCCAGUUCUUUUCUACAUCAGAUGUUGAAACUCUAUAUAAAACUUUACUUGUUUUCAUUCAACACUUUGCCAUACAGGCUUCCUUUAGCUAUGAACACUACUCAUUAACUUUCACUCCUCCACGAGAAAAUAGAGAGGAUGAAAGGCCUGCAUUUCAUACAGUAAGAAUUCUAGAGGUUAAGGAUGGACUUUAUUGUGUAGAAGUGAUUAAUACAGGAGGCCCUGAAUUAAUACCUAGAGAGGUAUAUCAAAUUUUGAAGGAGUUCUUUGGAGGAUAUGUAAAUGCUACAGAACCAACUUAAAACAGAUCUUCUGAGACGAAAAAUAUUUUAAUAUUUAUUUCUCUUAAGACUCAAAUAAAUAAAAGCACGUGCAUUUAAUUUUUCCUUUCUUUCGAUUUUAGAGUUAUAAAAUAAAAAUAUCUCAAUCCAUACACUAAAACCAAAAAUACACCCUUUUAAGCAACCAUAAAACCCACAUUUUCUUAAUUUCUACCCUAUUAUCUCAUACACCUAAUCCAACUCAGCCUCCUUUUCUUCCCUCCCCCCUACAAAACCAGUCACAUCUUACCCCCUCUACUCUUCAUUCUCCUCAACCCCUUCCUAACACCCCAAUAAUCCCUCUGCUUCCACACCUAAGUCUAAAUUUCCCUUU